AUGUAUUUUUUCCUGUGCCAUCUCUCGGCCUGUGAUAUCUUAAUCAGCACCAAUGUGUUACCCAACACUCUGAAACUUCUACUAGAAAGUGGUAUCUACAUGACCGUCCGGAGCUGCUUGACCCAGUUGUAUUUCUUCGGGGCUUCUGCCAUUAUUGAGUGUUGUCUUCUCAGUGUCAUGUCCUAUGACCGGUACUUGGCCAUUUGUGACCCUUUGCACUAUUCUUCCAUCAUGAACUUUAGACUUCCUUAUUAUCUGACUGCUUGGUCUUGGACCAUGGGUCUUGGGGUAGCUCUCAUAACUUACUGUCUUAUACUGGAGAUUCACUUUUGUGGACCAGACACCAUUGACCAUUUCUUUUGCGAUUUUCCUCCCCUGUUGAAGAUUUCUUGUUCAAACUCAUCAGUUAUCGAGAUUGCAGUGUCUGUCGUGGCCACUGUUAUUGGGCUCUUACAAUGUGUGUUUGUCAUCAUCAGCUAUGUUUUCAUCUUUAAUUCCAUCCUCAGAAUAUCCACCAAGACUGGAAGAAAUAAAGCCUUCUCCACCUGCAGCGCUCACCUGUCGGUAGUUUGUGCCUAUUAUGGAUCACUCAUUGCCAUCAACAUUGUUCCAUCUGAAGACUAUUCCUUCAAUCUGAAGAAAGUAUUAUCUCUUUUGAACACUGUGGUAACUCCAUUAUUUAACCCUAUCAUAUACAGUCUGAGGAACAAGGACAUACAAGAGGCAUUUUACCAAGUGGUGUUUAGGAGAAAAAAAUCCAACAGGUGGUAG